AUCCCAUGCCCAGAGGUCUGCUGUGAAAGUCCUGCGCAGAAUGCAGUACUUCGUGGCCAGGAGGAAAUUUCAGCAAGCUCGGAAGCCCUAUGAUGUGCGAGACGUGAUCGAGCAGUAUUCCCAGGGUCACCUUAACAUGAUGGUUCGCAUCAAGGAGCUGCAGAGAAGGCUGGAUGGCACCCUCGGGAAGCCGGGAAUGUUUUUGCCAGGAAAGGGAGAAGAUAAAGAGUACCCAACCAUUGGAGCACGCAUGAUCAGAAUGGAAGAUAAGAUUCACCAGAUGGACCGGAAAAUGGACUCCAUCCUGCGGAUUCUGACGGAGCAGUUCCCACCCAAGCCGGAUCUGACGUCCAAGCCGUCCAUCCGCCGAGUGACCAUCCAGAAGCGCAUGGGCACCAGCAUCGACGAGGCGCCCUGACAGAGCGGCGAUGACCACGACCAGGCGGAGGGCAAUUGAAACACUGGGACUUCACUUCAACAGCCUCGCCCCCUCCUCAGGGGGAGUUUGUCUCACAAAGCAAAAGGGGCCUCAGUCUUCCACAACGUCCUCUUUUGUUUUUGUUUUUUCUUUUCCAUCAGCUUUAAACCCAAAAGAAAAUGCUACUGUUUUAUGCUAACCAGGGCAAAACGGCCUCUGCCGGCUGAAAAGUCCGACCUCAUUCUCCGGACUAACGACGUCUCCUGCGACCUCACUGUGGCACCCGGCCGCUCAGGCAGCAACAUGUUCUAUGAAUUCAUUUCACCGCAUUAGCCUCGUAAGCGCACUACUCCAUGACGUUAAUUUAUGUGUGGCCUGUCACUGAGCAGCAUUCCUCCCUUCCAAAUAUUAUUCCACAGCUAACUAACCCCUUAAUGAAGUCGUAAUGCAAUCAAAGCGCUCCGGUUUCUCAAUGGCACUCGAAGGGGAAAAAAAGUUGUAAACCCACAACCGAGCCAAGGCAUUCUUCAAAUCCGUCUGAUUAUCUUGGCUCAAUCGGCACCUACACAACAGAGCCUUGCGCCGCAGACACACAUCCAUCCAGCCUGACUGGACUCAGAUUGAAACGAGCGUUUGUUUGUGGAAACUGGAUAACACGGGGAGUGGGAAAGGAAGAUUACCUGUUGGUUUUGCCCUCACUGCACUGCAGUUGGCAUAGCGAUGACUUACUGCCACAGCAGAUGAAUUUGAUGCACCCUGUGUUUUUAAAUGGAUAAAUAGGAUUUUUUUUUUUUUUUUAAUUGAGAACAAUAGUUCCCUUACCUGUUGGUGGAGGUCAUAUGGUUUUGGUGAAUUUAUAGAAAUCCUAGAGAUGGUGGAAAGCUAACAGCUUGUCAGACGGAUCCCCCUUGAAACGGAAGGUUUGCUAUUUUAGAGGAUGUAGUUUCACAAAAGAAGGUGGUUAAUUCUGCUGCUGCUUUUCCUGCCAAACACACCUGAAUUACUACAUCCAGAUGCAUCGCUUGAGGCUGCAAGCUGAAUCAAUCUGUCCAGUCGGCUAAUCGGGAGUCCAAGUGGAUAAAUUGCCUCAUUGCAUCCAUCGAUGCCUUUGCAAAAAUAAUUAUAUUCAAUAUUCUAAUUAUUAAUUACUAUUAAUUAAUAAUUUAAUUAUUUUAAAGGUUUAGACACCCCAGGUUUAAGCUAGUGAGCCAGUUAGCAUCACCAUCUAGCAUAACUUUAGCAUAGCGUCACAGGUUUUAACACUUAGUCUCAGCAACAAACGUGACUGUCAUACAAAAGUGUGAAAGGUUAAUAUUCCCCAUUAUGCCAUCGUAUCCUAUGAUUACAGUCUCAGCUAGCCUGUAGCUAGCUGUUAGCCUUCCAGCACUUUACAAACUCAUUGCCAUGUGAUGCGUUUCUGCUUCAGGUAAAUGAAUUAUUACUGAUAACUUCAUAGAAGUUGACUUCAAAAAAAUAUUUAGUAUCCAUUUACAAAAUAAUAAUAAUAACAAUAAAAGAUUCAGGCACUCCACACUAAUAGUUAUACUGCAAAACAAAUGUUUUGUGGUUUGUUUUGUUUUUCUUGCUGUGAUUGCACCUCUUGUCCAAAUCUUACGUUUUUGGCGAUAUUUUUAUAAAGUGAUUUUGAAGUGAAGAUUUUUAAGAACUCUUUUUUUUUUUUUUUUUUUUAUGUUUACUACACAAACCUUUGGGCAAACAAUGACAUGACAGCCUAAUUUUGCACAUCCUCACUAUUGCUCUGGGUGUCAGUGGUGCGAAGUUUCUGAGUUUCAAGUCAGAAACACAAACUGAACAACUGAGUUUGAAAAAUGUUAAAGAUCAGAUCUGAUUAGGGUACUAAUCACAUUCAAAGGUAAAGGUAAACUUGUUUGCAUCGAAUUCUGAGAGAAACUGAAAGCAGCACAAGCAAGUACUAACAAUGACCACGACUAUGGUCAGGCUUUCUGUUGUUGACGUUUGUCUAGUUAGCUUUUGGGCAGCAAGGCAUCAUUGUUGCCUCAACCUUUAUCGUAUCGUUCAUUAAUUUAUUGCGAUAAUUUCCUCAGCAUGAUAAGGAUCUUCAUCUAUCGUUGUCCAAAGCUGACCGUAUCGUUUCAAUUGUUGGUUUUUACAAUUUUUCUCCACCUUUGAUACUUUUUUGUUCUAUAAAAGUAUCAAUAAGCAUCAAUGAAUUUAAAAACGUAUUAAUAGAUUCUUAUAGUCAAUUUUAUCGAUCUCAUACCACAAAAUGUGAAAUUUUUUUUAAGCCCAGCAGCAUCAAAAUUUAAUUCUUGUAACUUUUUUUGUGAGCUGGAGUGUAUCUGAAAUAAUAUUCUUUUUUUUAAAUAUCUGGACUCACAUAAUUGAGUCAAAUGUUGCUUUGAGAUAAAAAAAAAAAGGUUCUUGUUUUGUAUUUCAUCAUUUUAAGACGUGUGGGUGGUGGAAAACAGAAAGUAGCUCAGCUAUGUUGCCAUUGUAAUGGAAGACCUCUCGUAAUUAUAGCGUGCACAUUCCUGAAAACACGGACACACACACACACACACACACACACACACACACACACACACACACACACACAUACAUAUGCACGCGUAAAAGCGGGGUGAACAAGGGCAGCAGAAGAAGAUGAUUUUCUCUGCACUAGUAUGUAUUUUUAUAUUUGCGGUGGUUAAAAUGACCUGUUAUUUAUCUCGUAUCACAUAAAGCAGAUGGAUUUGAAGAGAGCUCUCGUUGCUUCUCCUGUACAGUUUUCUAAGAGUUGUAAAUAGAAACAUUGCCUUAUUGCACUGUGUUUAUAACAACGUGAAAAGAUCAACCCAGGAUGUGUACAAGAAACGCUGUCAGACUUGUGAAGUCAAAAUGUGUAAAAAUCAUUUGAAAUGCUAUUUAAGACAUUCCCUCUUUAUUGUAGCUUUGCUGUAAAUAAUAAAAAUCCUUUUCAAUAUAAAAUGUUACUCUCAGUUCGUCUGUUACUCUGGCUUGGAAAAGGAAUUCAUACUUUGGUGAACUUUUGUUUACAUUUUGGCAAAUACUACCAAAACGAAACAAAUUAAUGUUGGAUUGUGAAUUUCUUAGAAAAUGA